AUGAACCUUUCGGGGAAAGCAAUUACAGCAGCCACUAGUGUCAUGCUGCUUCCAACGUGGGUCACGGCGGUGCGGACGCGGCCGCCGGCCGGCGGACUCACCUCUCGACGCCGGAACCACAACCGCCGGGAGGUCCGCGGGGCCGCGCCUCACCGCCGGCCGCGCCGCGCGGGGCCCGCAGCCCACUUCCGCCGAGCCGGGCGCCGGCGAGAGCGCGCCCUGCUUCCGCGCGAGGUGGCGCCGGCGCCGCCACCCGAGGCCCCGUGCCUGGGACCCCUCGGCUCUGGGCGGCCGCCCCAUGACGGCCUGAGGGAGCGGGCGCGCCGGGCUGGGCAGCCGACGCGCAACACCGCGGCCGGGGUGCACUCGGCGCUCAGCUGGCGCUGCCUGCGCCUCCCGCCCCGCCCCGCCCCGCCCCGCGCCGCGGCGUCGGCGUCGGCGCCGGCGCCUGCCGGAAGCGCCGCCUCCACGUGCGGCGCGGACCGCGGAGCCAGCUUGGCCCUGGGCUCUGCUCCCCGCUCCCGAGUCUCGGCCCUUGGCUCUCCGCCCUCCGCUCUCCGCCCCCGGGUCCCGGCCCUCGGCCCCCCUGCUCCUCUCCCCGCCCCCGGGCCCCGGCCCUCGGCCUUCGGCUUGGCCCUCUGCUCCCCGCGCCCGGACCCUGGCCCCCGACCCCCGGCUGCGCCUCCUUGGGCCCGACCGGGUUGGGGUGGCGCCGUCUGCGGGGGCCCAGCGCGCCAGCCGGCCCCCGGGCGGCUGUUUCCGGGUGUGCGAACCCAGCGCUCCCCGAGGAACCGAGCCCCGACGGGUUCUGAGAAGACGCCGGCGGCGAGCCCUGAGACGGCGGGUUCUGCCCGCCUCGGGGUGCGUCGGAGGAAUAGCGGGGCUGCCACGCUUGUCCAGUUACCGCAUCCUGUUGCUUUAACUCCGUUCCGGUAUUGA